CACAGCACCGCAUGUAGGCAUAUUAAUAGCUCGGGGCCUUAUUCCUGAGAGCAAAUCUCGGUUAUGAGCCCGUCUUGCAGUAUAAAACGCAUGCGCCGCUCGGUCUUUGGAAAAUCAUUCUGCUAAGUACUCUCUUAGCUUUUUGUCUUGUAUCUCCUUCGCGCACGUUAUCCCUACUUCCUUCAAUCGCCCCCCACUGCUACCAUGCUGUCCAAAUCCUUCGCACUCUUUGCUGCCUUCGCUGCUUUCGUUCCUGCAUUUGCUGCCCCCCUUCCUGGUCAAGUCGCUGACGUUGCUGCCAUUGUUGAUAACGUUGGCGAAAAUGCCAAUGUGAAUGUACUUACUCGUGGUCCUGCCGCCUUCGAGGAGGUCGUCAGAAGGCUUGAACUCUCCGGACGAGGUGACGCCAGCGGAUGCAGCGUUGCUGACGUUGACAUUAUCGUCUCCAACGUGCUUAACAAUGAUACCAUUAACAUCUUGUCUCCAUCUAAGCGUGGCGGUUGCGAUAUUCUCGGACUUACUCUCGAGGUCACUGAUGUAUUGAACAACCUCGACAUCAACAUUCUCAGCCCUGGCAAAUCCAAGCGCGCCGAGGCUUUCUCACUUGAACAAAUCACAUCGCUUGUCUCUACCAUGGCGGCAAACACUGGCAAGGCGGCUCGCUCAACCGCUGGCAAACGCGGUGGUAGUCUUGUUGAUGUCACCGCAGUCGUGGAAGAUGUCCUCAACAACCUCGAUAUCAAUGUCCUGACCAAGCGCGUUGAUGUCACCGAGGCCCAAAUUGCCAAUGCCGUCUACAACGCCCUCAUUAGCGGUUCGACGUCGAAGCGCUCAGGCAUCAUUCCUAAUGUCAACGAUCUUGCUGAUCGGGCUCUUGAGGAACUCAGUGCUAUAGUUGCCAAGCGCGCUGAUUAAGUUAUCAUUGUUGCCGGUAAGUGCUGUCACGUCCACAAAAUGAACACCUCAUGAAUCAAAUUCAGUUGUCUCAACGCGAAGGUCGAUGUCGCCUAAAUGACUCAAUCCCUCAUACCCAACGUCGCGCACAUCCCUCGCCCUUCGUUUACCACUGUCACUCGUUAGAUCCCGUAUUCCAUAGCCGCGUAAUGAAGUCUCGCAAUCUUCGUUGUGUGAUGAUAUGUUCAUGAGUGCAAAUUUUUCCAACACACUUGGCCUAGUGCAUCAGUCCGUUAUCUCGUGGGCUUGCUUACAUGUUUUUUCCAUGAAACACGCGACAUCUUGAUGUUCUGCUGUUUCAUCCCGUGCGCGACGUAUCUGCCAGAUCAGACAUAAUCGAAGUCGCGAACCGCUCCUUCCAUCAGAAUAAUCA